AUGUUACAUUUUUUUAAAUGGAUUCUUUUUAAUUUUCAUAAAUACUAGUUAAUAGUAAUUAUAUGUGUUUAAUAGCGAAUAAAAUUUCCAUCAUUCUAAACUAAUCUAAAUAAACGAUAGCUUAAUCUUAACAAAAUAGCAAUCCUUCUUAAUUUACUUCAUUAGUUGAUACUUUUCUCUCUGAAUCUAAUGAAUUAAUUACUAUUAACUUAUCCUAUCUCAUUUAAGUCUAUAGUAUAGAUUUUGUAAAUGGUGUUAUCAACUCAAGCCCUAGAAAAACAUUUCAGAGCCUUAGCAAAAUAACCUGUUAUUCAUAUUUUAAUUUAUCAAAUGGAGGAUUUCAUAUUGCUUUUUUUGAUGAGAAUUUCAAAUUAACAAUUAUUGAUUAAAAUUUAUAAACUGUAAUCGUGCUUCCAAUUACGGUUGGAAUUGUGUACUAAAUAAAAAGCUUUGAAGAAGGUAAAUACCUUUUAGGUAUUUAGCUGA